GCGCCGACGCCAAUACGGUGUGUUUUGAGCGUGGUUUUAGGAUUGAAGUCACUUACAUAUAUUCACCGUACACCCAUUGGCAUAAAUGUGUUAGUUCCUGCGCUGUGAUUCUUCUUUCUUCCAACUCAUGCGAUGAACCACGUUUGUGCUCCUCGUUCGAAAUGGUGGCAUCAUUUGUAGAAGCCACAGGUGUUACAGCUGUGGACUCGCAUACUUACGCUGCCAAAUUUGACACAGAGUGGUGUGUAGGAUCGGUCCCACAUGGUGGCGUUGUGACUUCUGUCUUCCUCCGCGUUGCCGCUACUCACUUUUGUACUACACUCGCAGCACAAAACCAGCCACAUACAAUUUCCUUACAUGUCGAAUUUUUACGGCGAACUCAGGAAGGGCCUGCAAAACUAGUCGUUCGCGAUGUCAAACUCGGUCGACAGACAUCGACUAUCCACAUCACGUUGUCGCAGGACGGCCGCGAAGAGGUAGUAGGUUACCUUACGCAGUCAAAUAUGAAUACCGAGGCCGGCGUUUCUCUGAGGACCUUAUGGUAUUUGCAUCCACCAUCGCGUCCACCACCUCUCGACUUUCCUAAACUCUUCGUCGGUGGCGAGGACCCUCACUGGAUCGAGCAGACGAAUAGACCAUCCCCCAAGUUUCGCAAGGUUUCUAAUCGCGUUCGCACGUUUCUGCCACGCGAGGGUCAAGUAGCGCUAGGCCUAGUCGACGAAUGGUUACGUCUCGAGUCGGGAGAGAGAUUUACGAAUGAGAGUAUAGGUUUCGUAUCCGAUCAUUUCGCCUCGGUCAUCGAAGGUUUAUGGCGUAACGAGAGGAGCGACACCCGUCUACCACCCUUUUGGUAUCCAACCGUGGCCCUCAAUCUAGAUAUUAAAAAGAUCCUACCGCCCGAGGGUGUCGAAUGGUUAUUUGUACGGGUACGGACAAAGUGCAUCAAGGGUGGGAGAAUGGAUCUCGAGGUAGUUAUUCUGGAUCAGAUGGGGGAGAUCGUCGCUCUCAGCCAUCAUGUUGUAUUGGUUGUUGGUACAGAAAGGAACCUGGCGGCGCGCAGAAAUGGCCAAACAAAGAUAUGAAGCGGUUAACACAACAUUCAUCUAAAAUAGAUAUAAUGCACCUAGAUAAAUUUGCGAUAUUCUUUUUAUACUAUGUUUAUUUGGAUAUUAUUCGGUAUGUCACCUCCCUAGAUUAAGAC